UUUCAGGUAAUGUUGUGUGAUAUGUUUCCUUUCCAGGUAAUGUUGUGUGAUAUAUUUCCUUUCCAGGUAAUGUUGUGUGAUAUGAUUCCUUUCCAGGUAAUGUUGUGUGAUAUGUUUCCUUUCCAGGUAAUGUUGUGUGAUAUGAUUCCUUUCCAGGUUAUGUUGUGUGAUAUGUUUCCUUUCCAGGUAAUGUUGUGUAAUAUGUUUCAUUUCCAGGUAAUGUUGUGUAAUAUGUUUCCUUUCCAGGUAAUGUUGUGUGAUAUGUUUCCUUUCCAGGUAAUGUUGUGUGAUAUAUUUCCUUUCCAGGUAAUGUUGUGUGAUAUGUUUCCUUUCCAGGUAAUGUUGUGUAAUAUGUUUCCUUUCCAGGUAAUGUUGUGUGAUAUGUUUCCUUUCCAGGUAAUGUUGUGUGAUAUGUUUCCUUUCCAGGUAAUGUUGUGUGAUAUGUUUCCUUUCCAGGUAAUGUUGUGUGAUAUGUUUCCUUUCCAGGUAAUGUUGUGUAAUAUGUUUCCUUUCCAGGUAAUGUUGUGUGAUAUGUUUCCUUUCCAGAUAAUGUUGUGUGAUAUGUUUCCUUUCCAGGUAAUGUUGUGUAAUAUGUUUCCUUUCCAGGUAAUGUUGUGUAAUAUGUUUACUUUCCAGGUAAUGUUUUGUGAUAUGUUUCCUUCCGAGGUAAUGUUGUGUGAUAUGUUUCCUUUUCAGGUAAUGUUUUGUGAUAUGUUUCCUUCCCAGGUAAUGUUGUGUGAUAUAUUUCCUUUCCAGGUAAUGUUGUGUGAUAUGUUUCCUUCCCUGGUAAUGUUGUGUGAUAUGUUUACUUUUCAGGUAAUGUUUUGUGAUAUGUUUCCUUCCCAGGUAAUGUUGUGUGAUAUGUUUCCUUUCCAGGUAAUGUUGUGUGAUAUAUUUCCUUUCCAGGUAAUGUUGUGUGAUAUGUUUCCUUUCCAGGUAAUGUUGUGUAAUAUAUUUCCUUUCCAGGUAAUGUUGUGUGAUAUGUUUCCUUUCCAGGUAAUGUUGUGUGAUAUGUUUCCUUUCCAGGUAAUGUUGUGUGAUAUGUUUCCUUUCCAGGUAAUGUUGUGUGAUAUGUUUCCUUUCCAGGUAAUGUUGUGUAAUAUGUUUCCUUUCCAGGUAAUGUUGUGUGAUAUGUUUCCAGGUAAUGUUGUGUGAUAUGUUUCCUUUCCAGGUAAUGUUGUGUGAUAUGUUUCCUUUCCAGGUAAUGUUGUGUGAUAUGUUUCCUUUUCAGGUAAUGUUGUGUGAUAUGUUUCCUUCCCAGGUAAUGUUAUGUGAUAUGUUUACUUUUCAGGUAAUGUUUUGUGAUAUGUUUCCUUCCCAGGUAAUGUUGUGUGAUAUUAUUUCCUUUCCAGGUAAUGUUGUGUGAUAUAUUUCCUUUCCAGGUAAUGUUUUGUGAUAUGUUUCCUUCCCAGGUAAUGUUGUGUGAUAUAUUUCCUUUCAAGGUAAUGUUGUGUGAUAUGUUUCCUUCCCUGGUAAUGUUGUGUGAUAUGUUUCCUUUUCAGGUAAUGUUUUGUGAUAUGUUUCCUUCCCAGGUAAUGUUGUGUGAUAUGUUUCCUUUCCAGGUAAUGUUGUGUGAUAUAUUUCCUUUCCAGGUAAUGUUGUGUGAUAUGAUUCCUUUCCAGGUAAUGUUGUGUGAUAUGUUUCCUUUCCAGGUAAUGUUGUGUGAUAUGAUUCCUUUCCAGGUAAUGUUGUGUGAUAUGUUUCCUUUCCAGGUAAUGUUGUGUAAUAUGUUUCCUUUCCAGGUAAUGUUGUGUGAUAUGUUUCCUUUCCAGGUAAUGUUCUGUGAUAUGUUUCCUUUCCAGGUAAUGUUGUGUGAUAUAUUUCCAGGUAAUGUUGUGUGAUAUGUUUCCUUUCCAGGUAAUGUUGUGUAAUAUGUUUCCUUUCCAGGUAAUGUUGUG